AUUACAAUGUACUCAAAUAUAAACGACGAAAUAAUAUUUACAAUGACGCGUUCUUAGCGUCUGGGCGAAAUAUUGAAUAUCAAAUAUAAACAGUAGUCGUUGUUAAAACAAAAUCAUAUUCUGUAAGAUAUUUUCGUUAUGUUUGAUAAAUGCAGUGUUUGAAGGAUUAAAAGGAUCAACAAGCAGUAACUGAUUAUCCAGUUAUGAUUUGCGAAUUCUUAGAAGCCGAAGUGCAUUUAUAGAAAUGAACAAAGACGUCCAGGGAAUGAUGUCGAUGCGUCUGUCCCGGGUGUUGGCGGACAUCGGGGUCAACAGGUACAUGAUGGACCGAAGGAGGUGGACCUGGCUAAUGAGGGAGUCGAUGGAGACGAUUAAUAAUCGAAUUUAUUUCCGUAACUCUACUUAUUACCACUUUGGCAGUCAGACAGAGGGAACUACAACCAAUGGGAUGAAGUCGGACAUUGAUACAUUGGCGUGUAUGAACAAUUUUCCUGUAAUAUUGGACUGGAGCGAUUGGAAGCAGGGUAGGCAACAACUUCUCGUAGUCAGGACAGAUGAGACUCCACCCCAGCAAUGCUGGUUACAGAGGCUUAGAUCAGAUCUUCCAUUACCAAGUGCACUGGUUGUAUUACCUAGUGAUGUGAUAGACAGUGAAGGAAGAGUGCUGAUGACAAACACUCUGAUAGAGUUUCAAGAACGUUUCGGGAGUCCUCGAAAUGAUCUAGUGCAACAUGGCCCGUCCAGGAGCUGGGAUGAAAAGCUUGAUUUGGUUAUAGCCUAUCAUUGCAGUAGGCUUCCUGGUGAGUGUCAGUUCCUGUUUCACAGACCACGUCCUGGACACUGGCCAAGACCUUGCACACUGGCCAAGGCCAGACGGACAGGAGUGUUCCUGGUGCCGCAAGGAUAUUCAGAUUCUCCGUCCAGACCAUCCAGGUGUCAUUCUACGGCACUAAAUGUCACUCAAGAUAACCAUUACUAUCCACAGUCAAGAUGGGAAUGGAGGUUCUCUACCUCUAUGAUGGAGAGAUUGUUGGUUUUUGACAUGAAUAUUCUGCAACGUAAGACGUAUGUGUUCAUUAAAAUAUUAAGAAAAACAUUCCUAAAGCCAAUAGUUGGAGACCGUCUUAGCACAUUUCAUAUCAAGACUGCCAUGUUGUUUACCAUUGAGACAUAUCCACCAACAAUAUGGAGAGAGGAUAACCUUAUUACGUGUGUGAUCUACUGUCUGGCCACCUUGCGCAGAUGGCUAAGGAUCAACUACUGUCCACACUACACCAUUUCGGGGGUGAACCUUUUUCCUGGAAAAUUGUUUAGAUUUGAGCUCCAAAUUCUCGCAAACAAAAUCUUAAAAAUGAGCAGCGAAAAUUUCGGCUGCAUCUUUCAGAUACAAAUAGACAAUUUAAGUAGAAGGAUGUCUUCAAUUGGUGGACAUUUGCAACGCUGUAAGAACAGAAAGUUGGUACAUGAAGAAACAAAUUUGUCUCUUUCUGAAAUAUUUAUGUGUUCACUACAUGACAUCUUGGUGAGUGAAACCGGUGAAAUAGAUAGUUCUUGCCUGCAGAUCGUCAAUAAGCUCAGAGUACUACAUGAUACGCCAAUCGAACAAGAAGUAGUUUCUCUCAUAAAACCUUUUCUGUACGGGACACUUGCCUCCCUCGUAGCCUCUAAGUGUAUUUAUCUUGGUCAACCAAUAACUGAAGACACUUUAACCCUGUAUAGUAUGUCGUUGGACUCAGACCUGCUAUCCAGCCGACUGAAGUUUGCCUCCAUGUUGUACUGCAGUGGUCAUUAUGAGGCAGCAGCAAACUGCCUGACCUACUGUGAGGGCCUGCUUGGGCCUGCAGUGUGGCCAUACUGUGGUUGUAUGGGACGCAAUCACAGUAGACCUGGCAAUGCAUUCUUCGACAUUUAUUUAAAUUCAUCCACCAAGGACAUGCUACAGAUCUACUCAGCUGUAUGUGUACGCUUUGCUCAUCUAGAAAUGUGUUGCAUACCAGAACAUCUUGUGUAUGAACUGUUCAGAACAAUGAGUGAUGACGACAGACAAGAACGCCGUCCGGUAUAUUUCUAUAAAUGGAUGGACUAUGCUGUGAUUGACUGUGUCCCAUUUAUUCACUACCUGCAAUAUCUUUCAUACAGACAGUUGAACCAGCAUGCAUUGAAACAUGCAGCACUUCAAAACUUACGCAAAUAUGUAUUAGAGGACAGUAAAGGCCAUGGUCACUGCGACACAGCCUUCAAUGUGCUGGGAAAUUGCGAAGAACUAGAAAACAGGAUUGAUUUAGCCUGGAACUGCUACACAACGUCUUUACAAAAGUACCCUAGAAACAAUGCUGCCAAGUGGCAUGUGGCAAGGAUGUUAUGUAAUGUUGUGAACAAUCGCUUAUGACUUUAUAUGAAAUGUUAAAAAAAUGAAGAGGAGUUGAACCAUUAAUUUCAUCAGGAAAUAUUGAACUGUGAUUCUAGAGCAUUGAUUAACAUUUAGCAUAGUAUGUUUAUGCUGUGAAAGAAUUGCUAAUAUGUAAUAGUAAAUGUUAUAUACGUUCUUCUUUUAGAGAAAGAAAUACCAAAAUCAAACCAAAAUGCACCGUUUCACAUUAAAAGUACCCAAUAUUUCCUAGGGGAGGACUCUCAAACACCAAUUCCAACUUAAAUUAAUACAUACAAGGAGUUCGGUUUUGAGAGACGGGUGCAUUUAAACUUCAUCUAACAUGUAUGAUAUGUUAGACAAAAUUGCUAAACAUGAAUAUUAUGUUAUAUUCUAAUUGUAUCAACCACAGAAACAUAAAAUCAUCUGAAACAUAAAACUCUUUUGCAGUAUGAUAUGUGUUCUUAUGUGCUUAAAAAAGUCAAUUGACGUUUGUUACUUUCAGUAAUAUUUAACUGCAACUCACUUAGAAUUAAUGCUUACUUUUCUUUAAGGUAUCUGAUAAAUAAAAAUGUGAACUUUUGACACCUUUUUACCAAUAUUAGUUUGGUGUUAUUUGCAACGGUGUACUUUGUAGAAGAUUAUUUAAAUAAAAUUUAUAACGAUAAAAAAUAAUGCAAGCCCGUUGUUUAGACCUUGAACGAUUGAAAUAUAGGUCACUUUACUUCCGAUUUCAGUUGAAUUACAAAUAAAAAAAUACAAACUGCCUUAACCUGACCUGUAAUGUAUUUUCAACUAAUUAAUUUGAAUAUUAGUACUCCGUAAGCAGUACCUUUUUCAAAUGAUACCAAAUUAAAGAUUAAAUUUAAGAUUUAACCUGAAAGCAAAUGGGAAAUCAAGACGAAAGUCUUAUUUGUA